ACAUGAUGCGUCUUCAGUUUCUUCUUUGGACACUUCUUGUUUUCUAGAGGGAGGGAAAGACAGUCGUCCCCAUUGUGUCAUAAAGAUCUGUGAAUUUUUAUGCGCAGACAACCUAUUAGGAGAUGGGGAGAAAAUGGGGUUUGUUUUCUGCUGUGAAGAGAUUAGCCCUCAGCUCCGAAUCAAAUAAAGGACAGAAACCCCAGAAAUCAAAGAAGAGGUGGUUGUGGAGGCAGAGGGAUGCUAAGCCAGAUUCUUUGUCUGAAAAGACUGCAGUGAUUCCACCUCCCCCUCCCCCUCCUCCCCUUCCCAUUAAACAUAUAAAAUUAACUGAAGAAGGAAAUGAACAGAGCACACAUGCUUACUCGUUGGUUGUUGCCGCUGCAGCGGCCGCAAAGGCUGCUGUAGCAGCUGCUCAGGCCGCCGCUGAAGUUGUUCGCCUCACUACUGCAGCACGUUCCCCUAGAAAAUCGAAGGAGGAAAUAGCUGCCAUCAAAAUUCAAACUGCAUUUCGCAGAUACAAGGCUAGGAAGGCAUUACGGACUUUGAGAGGGUUGGUGAGGUUGAAAUCAUUGAUCCGGGGGAAAGCUAUUAAACGGCAAGGAAGUUCAGCAUUGCAAUGCAUGCAGACUCUAGCUCGUGUUCAGUCUCAGAUUCGCGCAAGGAGGAUCAGAAUGUCAGAGGAGAACCAAGCUCUUCAGCGGCAGCUCCAACAGAAACAUGAGAAAGAGCUUGAGAAGUUGAGAGCUUCUAUGGGAGACUGGAAUCACAGCACGAAAUCUAAGGAGCAAAUGGAAGCAAAACAAGCAAGCAGGCAAGAAGCAGCUAUGAGAAGGGAAAGGGCAUUGGCUUAUGCAUUCAAUCACCAGCAAACAUGGAAGAACUCGUCAAAAUCACAAAAUCCACCUUUUGUGGAUCCAAACAAUCCCCAUUGGGGUUGGAGUUGGUUAGAGCGAUGGAUGUCAGCUCGUCCUUGGGAGAAACGAUAUCUAACAUAUAACUAUGACCAUGGCUCUGCUAAGAGUGAGGCAAGCCGUUCUACGUCUGUUCAUAGAGAUCUCAACCAUGCUACACCCCAAAAAUCAAGCCGACCUCCGAGCUGUCUUUCCCCUCCAACUGCAUCCUCAAAGACAUCAUCUGUAUCAUCAACUAUAAAUAAAUUGAAGUCACCAAGCCUGAAGGUUAGCUGCUGGGGUGGGGAGUAUGAUGACUCAAGGAGCAUGCUCCGUGUUCAAUCAGAGCGUUACAGGAGGCACAGCAUUUCAGGCUCAUUUAUGAGAGAUGAUGAUAGCCCUACCAGCUCCCCUGCAGUUUCAAGCUACAAUAUGGUACCCACAAGGGCUAAAUCAGCAAAAACCCAUUCGCCAAGUCCAUUGGGAAUAGAGAAAAACAGGACACCGGAGAAGGGAUUGCAGGCUUCUGCCAGGAAGCAGCUUUCAUUCAGUGCAUCACCAGCAGGAGCUAGAGGACAUUCUGUUCCUCCUAAAGUUUAAUUAACAACAUUGGAGCAAGGACAAAACAGAAACUAACCAAAGAAGGGAGCAGGUAGUACCACAUACCACACCAAGAAAACUCGAAAUCUAGCUGAAAAUCGAAGAGGGAGAAGGAUGAGUUAAGGUUGAAUGUUAGUGUUGUUGAUCUUCUUUGGCAACUGUUCUUGUUGUAACAAGCGCAGCAACAGAAGAGUAAAUAAGUAGCUUUAAUAUCCACACCAUUGUUCUUCUGAAACAACUGCUCUUCUUAGUCAUGAUAUUUUAGGAUUGGUGUUGGGGUGAGGGUGAUGAUAUUUAGUUUAUGAUCUCAUUCAAUUGUUUGAACUCUUUGAAUUUUUGAACAAACAAUAAACUUCCUUUUUAUGA